CAAAACUCAGCACUCAGCUGUCUUCUGUCUUCAUACAUACUCGCAGUAAAUAAUCACAUUAAUUUUGUGUCUUCAUUCUCAAUUAAAUAGACCCUUUAAUUUAGUUCUUUAUUAUCAUUUUCCUUUUUUCAAAAUGUCCGACAACAUGGAUGAACAAGCAAGUCACAUGAACCAGCAAACCCAAGAAGAAGCAGAAUCCAAACCAGCAACCGUGCCCGAAAUGGAAACACCUCAGGCAGAAGAAUCAACGGAGAAAAAGCCAAUGAACAUUUCGUUCAGCAUUUGGCCACCAACACAACGCACUCGUGACGCGGUUAUGAAUAGGCUAAUCGAAACCCUAUCAACACCUUCUAUACUCUCCAAGCGGUACGGCACAUUUCCCCUUGAGGAGGCAUCGAAGACUGCUAAGGUUAUAGAAGAAGACGCCUUCAAUGCUGCUGGAUCAUCAUCAUCUGCCUCUGGGGAUGAUGACGGCGUUAAGAUCCUUCAGGAUUACUCUAAGGAGAUUAGUAAACGCAUGCUUGACGUCGUUAAAUCCAGAUCUACUGCUGCCGCCCCUUCUACUGAGGCUGAGACCAAACCAUCAGAAAAUGAGCCCUCUGCUGCUUCCCCUGAAAAUGAAUCUUGAAAUUUGCAUUUAGUGUUAUUUCUUCCCAUCUAGGUCUUGUUAAACUUAACUACUUAUAUUUUGACUUUUCUUUAUGCUGUGUAUGGACUAUUUACAUCUUUUUGAUAUAUAAUAAAUGUUAGAUCCCAGA